AUGCACAAUGAAAUUGCAGAUGCAUUGGCCACUUUAUCUUCGAUGCUCCAACACCCUGAUGACGCCCAUAUCGACCCUUUAUACAUACAAAUUCAUGAUCCACAUGCUUAUUGCAACAUGAUUGAGGAGGAAUUUGAUGGUAAGCCUUGGUUUCAUGAUAUUAAAACAUAUCUUCAGUCUGGAAAAUGUCCGUUAGAUGUGACUAGUAAUCAAAAAAGGACUAUUCGACGACUAGCCAGGGGUUUUUUCUUAAGCGGAGGCAUACUGUACAAGAAAACACCCGAUUUAGGUCUUCUAAGGUGUGUAAAUGCUCAAGAGGCUUCCACAAUCAUGAUUGAAGUACACUCAGGAGUUUGUGGACCUCAUAUGAAUGGAUAUGUUCUAGCCAAGAAGAUACUUCGAGCAGGAUAUUAUUGGCUCACCAUGGAGCGGGAUUCCAUACGAUUUGCUCUCCGUACGUCAGUGGGCGCUACCCCAUAUUCACUGGUAUACGGGACUGAGGCAAUUAUACCUGCAGAGAUUGAAAUCCCAUCUUUACGAAUUGUUGUGGAGGAUGAAAUUGAUGAUGAUGAGUGGAUCAAAAAUCGGUUAGAGCAAUUAAGUUUGUUUGAUGAGAAGCGUCUGACAUCAGUAUGUCAUGGACAAUUAUAUCAGAAAAGAAUGGCACGGGCAUAUAACAAAAAGAUGCGUCCUAGACAUUUUAAAGAGGGUCAAUUAGUGUUGAGACGCAUUUUGCCACAUCAUGCCGAAACCAAAGGCAAAUUUUCUCCAAAUUGGAGAGGACCAUUCGUUGUUAAAAGGGUAUUACCCAAUGGUGCUCUUUACUUAGAAGAUAUAGAAGGCAAAGUGACAGAAACGGUCGUCAAUACUGAUGUUGUGAAAAGAUAUUACAUAUGA